GGCCGGGCCUCUCCCCUGCGCAGGACCCGGCAGAGCGGCGGCAAGGUGCGGCACAAGCGGCAGGCGCUGCAGGACAUGGCGCGGCCGCUCAAGCAGUGGCUCUACAAGCACCGCGACAAUCCCUACCCCACCAAGACCGAGAAGAUCCUGCUGGCGCUCGGCUCCCAGAUGACCCUGGUGCAGGUAUCAAACUGGUUUGCUAAUGCAAGACGUCGCCUUAAGAAUACUGUCCGGCAGCCAGAUCUCAGCUGGGCUUUACGAAUAAAAUUGUACAACAAAUAUGUUCAAGGAAAUGCUGAAAGACUUAGUGUCAGCAGUGAUGAUUCAUGUUCUGAAGAUGGAGAAAAUCCUCCAAGAAACCAUAUGAAUGAAGGGGGAUAUAACAAACCAGUUCAUCACACUGUGAUUAAAACUGAGAGUUCUGUAAUAAAAACAGGAGUGAGACCAGAGACAAGUGCCAGUGAGGAUUAUGUGUCACCCCCCAAAUACAAAAGCAGCUUAUUGAAUCGUUACUUAAAUGACUCAUUGAGGCAUGUCAUGGCCACUAAUGCAGCUAUGAUGGAAAAAACAAGGCAAAGGAAUCAUUCUGGUUCAUUUAGUUCCAAUGAAUUUGAAGAGGAAUUGGUGUCCCCGUCAUCAUCAGAAACUGAAGGCAAUUUUGUCUACCGGACAGAAACUUUGGAAAAUGGACCUAGCAAGUGUGAAAGCGCAGCUAACAGAAAAGGAACAAACAAAGAUGAAACAUACUGGAAGGAAAUCAACGCGGCUAUGGCUCUAACAAACCUCGCACAAGGAAAGGAUAAACUACAGGGAACUACCAGCUGCAUCAUUCAAAAGUCAUCACAUAUAUCAGAAGUAAAGACUGUUAAAGUGCCAUUAGUUCAACAAUUCUGAGAGAAUGGGGGUACCUUUUUUGGCCAAAUGGACGUUCCUAAUAGCAUUGGUUUUCAGUAAAAUCAGACCCACAGAUGCAAAGCAAAUACUGAAAACAGAUUCCUUUUAUGGUCAGUAGAAAAAAAAAAUCUCCCUCAGACUCAGACUUUUUCAUUGUAUUAAAUAAAAUGUUCAACUGCUUCUAUAAAAGGCAUGUAAAUUAUAAAAAAUCAGUUUUUAUCAAAAUAUUAACUUAUUUUAUGUUAAUCAAGUGUGCAUCACUGCAUUGCUAUAAUAAUAAGUGCCUUGCUUUAAAAAAUAAGCUAUAACGUGGGCAUAGUACAACACAAUUAUGCCUCAAAAUGACAUUGCCAUAAUACUUAAUCUUUGUAUAUUAUUCCAAGUGGGCUUGGCAGUCUAGGGCUAAACACAUUAUUGCUGGAAGCCCUUGAGAAUUGCUGCAUAUCUGACUUAUACAAAUUGGUGACUGGUAAGUCUUAAUGAAAAUGUUACAUCUUUGAAAAAAAUCACAGUAUUAUAAAAGUUGUACAGUAAGUUUUUUCAAAGUGACAAUAAGGUUGUUAUGCAUGUUUCUUACCUGAAUAUGCAAUGUUUGAAUACCAAAAUCAUGACUUUGAAUAGUGCAAUACUGUAGAACCCACAUAGAUUUGGGAAAUAUAUUGAUCAUUUGCAUCAAUUUGAAAGUACACUUACAACUCACCAUUGCAUUCAUUUAAAAAAUCUAUAGUUGAAAGGCUGUAGCAAGACCCUCUGAAAAUUUAAAUUGGAUUUCAUACUUCUAAAUUUUUUGUGUUGACUUACUGAAUUUAUUAUAGGAGUAAUGAAAACUCAUUUCUCUUUUAUACUGAUUUCUCUUUGUACCAAUCUAAAUCUAUCAUGCAAUUUUUAUUUGUAUUGGAGCUCAAUAAGAUCCUAUGAUAGAAAUUGUUAUAGCUUGACUAUGUCCAAAAUCCUUUUAUUUUGUAGAUAUUGUAUCAAAUGAAGAGAGUUGAUUGACAAUUCACAUUGCAAUGAGAAAAAAGACAUAAUGAAAACUGUAUAUACUCAAAGUUAAAACUCAAAUUAGAACCAUAUGGAACACGACACUCUGAAAAAUCUGGGCAUUUCACUUAUGAGAGGUUUUUAAGUGGAUACUAAACCAUGCGUUAAAAAUAACAUUCAGAGUUUCUAAACUUGACUGAUACUGAGUGAAAUAAUUAAUGUAAAACCAGAUUUAUUUUUUGGUGUACAAGUUUUUCUUGAAUCAUAUAACAAUAUUCUAAUGAGGUUUACAGUGCUUGAAUAAACAAUGGUAAAGCCAAAUAUAAUUUAUACUAAAUCAGUUACAGAAAACUGGAAAAGAACUAAUUGUUAUGAAGGUUCAGAUAUUUUUUUUUCCCUGUGGGUAACCUAUUCAUUUUUUACUGCUAGCCUCUUUUGGUGAGCCAAUAAUGAACCCAGAUAUUACUUUGAUCCUGCUUCACUUGAAGUCAGUGAUAAAACUCCCUUACGCUUCAGUGGUCGCAGAAUUGGGCCAGUGGUAGAAAUAAUUUGUAAGUAUAGUCUAUUCCAGUUGCAUUAGUCAAGAUACAUAGCAAACAUCAACCUUGAUGUGACUUCUUAGGAUACUCCUUGAUGUAACAUAACAUAUUUUGGGUUUUAUUUAGUGUACAAUGAAAAUGAUUUGAUAUGAAAAUAUUUUGUACAUAUAUAUUUUUACUUUGUUUUCUAAAUUGCUGAUUUGCAUUGACAUAAAGUGCCAAGCUGGAAAUGUAUGUCAUGACUGUAUGAACAGCUGAAGUAUACUUUUUUAUUGACUUGCAUCAUUAUGUGUCUAGAAUUCCAUGACAACAAUUUUUGAUAACUGAGUUUACUGGAUUUUGUCAUAAUAAUGUGAGUUUGUACCUAAGAAUGGGGAGUAAAUACUUCACUCUUGUUCAUACUAUUAUAAGUUAUUCUGGUAUUAAAUAUUUUGUGACAAUAAAUUGUCUUGUCAAACUUUUCCGUUAGAUAUGUCCUCAGUGUUUUUAUUUGAACAAAUGACAACAAUAUUUUUCAUGUUAAAAAAAAAGAUUAUCAGUGACUUCUCUGGGAUAAAACUGGAGAAGCAAACCAUUGUAGAAAUACUUGUUCGUGUCUCUUUUUUUUAAAUGAUCAAAGCACAAAGAAUAACCUGUAAAAUACAUCAAGUUGGUUUUACAUUUAACAAAUACUUGGCAUCAUUUUGUUACAAUUCUCUUUAAUUUAUUUUCUCUAUUGCUGCUUUAAUGUUUUCUGAAAACACAAAUGCUAAUACUGAGUGUUUUUAAAUAACAAGAAUCAUGAUCAAUGCUGAGCCAACAGCUAACGGAGACAAUUAUUUAUGAUGUAGGAAAAACAAACAUUAUUACUAUUGCUCUUCUUUGUUUUGACAUAUGUAACCAUUUUAAUAAAAUAAAUAAAUGCAAAUACA